ACUUGUGCUCAAAUUGUCCUUCUCUGCAGUGGUUCUGCUGUUCAUAAUAAGGUGGCCUGCACGCUUGUGGCAGCUCUGAUGCAUUUGUUCUUCAUGGCAGCCUUCAGCUGGAUGCUGGUGGAGGGCCUGCUGCUCUGGAGCAAAGUAGUGAGCGUUAAUUUGUGCGAGGACCGACACAUGAAAUACUACUACCUGAUUGGCUGGGGUCUGCCCGCGCUGAUCGUUACCAUCACACUGGCCUCUGCUGCUGGGAAUUACUCAGCGGAUGGCCACUGCUGGCUCAGUGUUCAGAACGGAGUCAUAUGGGGCUUUGCAGGACCAGUCAUCUUCAUUAUUAUGGUGAAUAUCAUGAUUCUGACCCGGGUGGUCGUGAUCACCAUGGCCACAGCCAAGAGGAGAUCUUUGAUGAUGACUCUGAACACCAGCCCAGAAGAGCAGGUCUCCGAGCAGAUAAGGGCGGCAGUGAAAGCCGUGCUGGUCCUGUUGCCGAUCCUGGGCCUGACGUGGCUCUGUGGCGUCCUGGUGCCGUUCUCCGUGGUUAUCGCGUACAUCUUCAGCCUCCUGAACUCGCUGCAGGGCCUCUUCAUCUUCCUGAUAUAUGGAGUGUACAACACUGAGAACUGUGCCAGUUCCAGGCCCUCCAGUUCAGUGGGCAGUUCUCGGCCGGGCAGCUCUCCAGUACCAGGUGUUUUGGACGGGCAAACAGUCACCUACUCCAGCAGCUCAUCGACCCACAGCGACAACAUCUCCCAGAGUUACAACAAAACAAGGCAUCUGUCCCUCCCCUGUGUCCACGACAACUUAAAUGAAGACCUGCGAUGUCCUGACACUGGUGUCCACCUCUCUGGACAGGAGAACUUGAGAAAACCUAAAGACAGACUUCCAAACGAAUGCAGUCUGAACGUACCCAUGGAGGCCGAACUGACAUCCCAAUAUUCACCUCCUCAGCAGAACAGCGACAUGUGUCUUCAUUGAAACAAUUCUUCACGUCUUGUGUUUUGGUAAAGUGCAGAUAGUGUGUAAA